AUGAAAUUGAUCACAUCUAUCGCUGCCUUACUGGCUGUAGCAUCAGCAGGUCAGCUCUACACUCAUCCGCAGGUGGAGAAUUACCAGAACACUGAAGCAUACCAGCCCGGUUUAGAAUACCAUAACGGUUUCGAGCAGACGCAUGCUGUAGACGGUCAAACAUAUAACAGCAGACCGUUAGCUGAGAAAACAGCUAGAAUACUCAGCUAUCACUCCGAGAAUAAUGUACAUAAUUAUAACUAUGGCUAUGAGACUGAAAAUGGAAUAAAGGCUCAAGAAGUCGGUCAAACUCCUCACGGAACUCAAGCUGAGGGUGCCUUCUCCUAUGUAGGGGAUGAUGGGCAUGUGUACACGGUGCAAUACGUCGCCGAUGAGCACGGCUUCAGAGCGCAGGGUGCGCAUUUGCCCACACCUCCCCCGAUCCCGGAAGCGAUCUUAAAAUCUCUGGAACAGAAUGCUAAGGAUGAGGCUAACGGAAUUGUUGAUGAUGGACAAUACAAGGAACACACUGCAUCUCAAGGCCAAGCUUACCAACAGUACGAGCCGGCGUAUCAACAGAACUAUCAUAGCGCGGUUCAGGCCUCUGUUGAUGCUGGAUACCAUUAA